AGAAUGCUGCGACAAACACUCCUAACUUUGGUUCUGGCGACGUGCGUACUGGGAGCGACGCUACCCAUACGGCGUUUACCGCACACAGGACCAACCCGUGGCUGGGCAGUCGCUAAGGGACGCAUCUUCGGAGGACAUGACGCCACUAAGGGCCAGUUUCCAUACAUCGCUUCCCUGCAACUGGUGCGGGACGGUGUUCGCUUCCACAACUGUGGUGGUUCCAUCAUCACCACAACGGCCAUCCUGUCAGCCGCCCACUGCGUGUUUUCAUCGGGGUACUACUACGCGGUUGCUGGAGACUACGACAUGAGCACAGAUGAAGGCACCGAGCAGGAGGUUCUGGUCACGGAACAGAUCCCACAUCCUCAGUUUAAUGGCGCUGCCGGCGUGGGGCCAUACGACGUCUCAGUCUUCAAGCUGCAGUCCGCCCUGACACUGAACUCCAAUGUCCAGACUAUCAGCCUGCCCAGUGCGGGAUCCAUCCCUGAAGGUGGGUCCAUCGGCGUACUUUCUGGAUGGGGCUCUACGGAAGACGGGACGCAACCUAACAUUCUUCAGACGGUCGAUCUCACCAUCUACGAUUAUGAAACUUGUAAGGCGCACAUGGAUGAACUGGAUCCCACUUUCAAUCCUCUCACAGAGACGAUGGUUUGUACAGGGCCAUUCUAUGAAGGAAUCAGCAUCUGUGCCGGCGACUCUGGUGGGCCGCUGGAGCAGAACCAACAACUUAUCGGGAUAGUGUCGUUCACGAUGAAUCCUUGCGGAGCAGCAGGAGCACCGUCCAUUUUCACCAGAGUCUCCGCCUACCUGGACUUCAUCAACGAAAAUCUGUAAACACUUGGAACUAACGUCUAA